GGGCGGCGAGUCCAGACGAUUUUCGCCAUACGUGAACUACCCUUAUUCGAGCCACCAGCUACAGAGAGAGCUGGCGAUGCGGCCGGGAGUCUCUUUUCCAUGCACUCGUAAAUGAUAUUACACGAAUUAUUAACGUAUUUUGGAAUGUAGAGACUUUAAUAUUAAUGCAAGGACUUUAAUAUUAAACACCCAUGAACAACCAGAGUGGCUUUUCGGCCCCGUGAACCCGGUCUUGACGUGUUUGACAGUCAAUCUUUCGGCGUGCGUCAUCAUGACACCUCGAAGAAGCGCCAAGUGUUCGCCACCGACGUCGCACGUCUUCGUGCUAACUGUUUUUCUGUGCGCUUUGGCGACGUCCUGCCUCUGUGACGGCGAGACGGACUUUGAUCCCGAAGAUGGACUGCAGCCGAACGUGAGCUACGUGGCCAAGCUUAGGGAGUUCAUCGGCAAUGCUAUGGACAAUGCCUCUCCUCGGCUCGCGCAGAAGGUCCUCCGAGCGGAUUUAUCGGUUGACUGCAGUAUCGGUCUCUUCAAGUUGGUGCGUGGUAUCCGGAACGUUGACCCAUGGGCAAUGCGAUUGUUCGACGCCUCCGGCAAGUACCCGACCGGGGCCCUGUCGACGACGCGAGUCGACCUGGGCGCUUUCGACGAGUGCGUCGAGACCGUCGUGCACGACGAGUACGGCCACGAGACGCUGCGCGCGCAGUACUGCAACUUGCUGGUCUACGCCGGAAACAAGACGGACCUCGAUGACCACAUCACCGAAGCCGUCAAGUUCGCACACCCGCGGGUGGCGAAAUUUCGAGAUCACGUUUACGAGCAGAGGGUGCCAAUACUACGACUAGGAAUAUGCUUGCUCGACGCCUGCAGCGAGCGAGAACUGAACUCCCUGUUGAAAGCAGUGCUUCCUGGGUUUUUAGACGUCAGCAUCUCCAACUGCGUCACAUCGAUACCCCCUGAUAUUACGAGGACACAAAUUAUCAUUCUAUCAUGUCUCGGUGCCGUGGCGUUGAUGGUCGUGCUUGGUACAGCAGCGGACGUGUGCUGCUCCAGCAGAAAGAAGGAAGGCGCUCCCAAGAGUGCCCUAUUGUCUGUUCUGACGGCAUUUUCUGUGGUGUCCAAUACCAGAAUGAUGCUCCAGAUAGCGAGAGACAAGAGUUCCGAAUCCUACAGCAUGAAAUUUCUGCACGGCAUCCGUUUCCUGAGCAUGGUCUGGGUUAUUGUCGGACACAGCUACGGCGCGCCUGCGGACGUGUGGUCCCGCAUGGUGAACGUUAUAAUAUACGUGGAACAAUGGCAAAACAUAUUUACGGCGGCUGGGUACAUGAGCGUCGACUGUUUCUUCUUCCUGAGUGGCUUUCUCCUCGCCUACGUCGUGUACAAGCAAAAGAGGACGGGCGUCGUUUUGUUCCUGUUUGCUACCAUCAGAAGAUUUGUCAGGACCAUGGUUCCGGUAUUCUUUCUCAUCAUGUGCCUCUACCUUAUGCCACUCAUUACGUCCGGACCGGAUGCGAAGACCUACUUCAACAAGGUGUACACUGAAUUCAACAGGCAGUGGCUCACUGUGCUGCUACAAGUGCAGAACUACGACUUCGAUGUCGACGCCAGCGCUCCUGUCCUUGGUCAUCUCUGGUACCUGUCCCUGGAUUUCCAAUACUUCCUUGUGAGCUUGCCAGUGCUCCUCAUUUUGAAAAAUCGCCGAAGGCUUGCUGUGGCUGUCUUUGUCGUGCUGUCCCUCAUAAGCUGCUCCGUGGCAACGUGGCAAGUGGCCGGCAACGAUAUGACGCCGUUCAUUGUACCAGUGACCGAGUCACUAACAACUUUAUUGAAGACUAUCUACCGCUACUACUUCUACCCAUUCUACCACGCCGUGUGCUACUUCGCCGGCUGCAUCACGUUUUUCUUCGUAGCAGAGCUGAGGCACAAUAAGAUUUCUAAGGUUUUCCAAACUGCGGCCUGGUGCGUCGCCAUCGCCUGCGGAUUGUGCUGCAUCUUUAUGAAGGUGCCUUGGUACCAAACCAAGAAUCCCACCACUGAUUCUGCGAAGUUAUCCAUGGCGUUCUUCGACCGCAUAUUGUGGUCCUUGUGCCUGGCCUGGAUCACCUUCGCCUGCGCCACGCGGAGAGGAGGUUUUGUGAACACGUUCCUUUCGUGGAGCGCCUUCACGCCGCUCAGCAGGUUGACCUUCGGCGUGUACAUCAUCCAUCUGCCGUUCUUACAACUCUGGGUGCACAUCUCUCGGGAACGGGUGUUCUUUUCCCAUUUCUUCGUGGUGUCCUUCUUCUUCAAUAUUCUCGUUUGGAGCUACCUCCUGAGCUACCUGCUGUUUAUAUUUUGCGAGGCACCCACAGGCAGACUGGACAAGCUUAUCUUCGAGCCUCGACGGGUUCCGGCGGAUAAAGAAGAAGCAAGUGAGCUGCCGAAAGUCAACGGAGCACAGGAAAAACUGUCAUGUGUCAUCACAAGUAUCGCAGAUGCCAAAUUUGCGGUGCCAGUACAAAACGGGAAUAGCGAGAAGACAUCUAAGGAGAAAUUUCAUUAUAAAAAUGGCAGUGUGAGCUGUCACCUAUAGAUGUGUCUAUAGUUCGUGGUGGGGUUAUUGUGGCGUCAAGCAAGAGGUGUUAAUAUAACGGUAUAAGGCGCAUAAGACAGUUUCCCGUGACCCGCAGCGGUAGCUUCUUAAACAAGCCUCGACUUUGAAGUUCGUCCUUCACUCGACCGAUUGGAGCUCAACGCCGCCGCUUGACUGAAAAUGACGCUGCGUUACUCAGGAAUUGCUACAAGUUGUCACUUAUAAGCAGUGAUCCCUUCUGCCGAUGCCCGGCGCUGCCAUCAACUUUCUCGAGUCGAGCUGAAGCGUUGAAUGGAGGGACGGGGUCCUCGACUACGGGGGCUUUAAGCUGCUGCGCUGCAAAGCACCCACAGGCCACACUGAAGGAAGGUCGCGAGCUCGAUUCUCAGCCACGGCAGCCGCACUUCGAUGGGGGCUGAAUACAGAAGCACCCGCGUACUUUGAUUUAGGUGCACAUUAAGGGAUCCCAGCUGGUCAGAAGUGUGCCGAGUCCCCCACUGCGCGUGUCUCAUAAUCGGUUUGGACAAACCUCCCGAAUAUAAUUAAAUUUAAAGGUUCACUUGAGUAAAGCGAACCGUAAUCGAAGGUAAUGGCAUUGUACACAUAAAUCCAGGUGCAAGCCGAACAUUUUAUUUUUUUUUCUUUUAUCAACAAAAUAUGGAAUAGAGAAAUACUAAUGAAAAAUAUUCGCUAAUACUGGAAUCAUACAGAUUAAUCCCACUAGCAUGAACUUUGGGAAGAGAAAGGAGCAAGGCCCGAUUCGCUACCCUGCACUGGGGGAAGGGUAAAGGGGCGAAAAGAUGGAUUGAAUAAAAGAGAAGGAUAUGAAGAAUCGCGGCACACUGGGAGGAGCACAUAAAGUCUACAGAGGGUCGCGGAGACCUAUAGACUUUAAGUACACCAGCAACACGUCCUGUGCAGCUGCGCUCGUCGCGCGUCCCUUACCCCCAGAGAUACCCGAUCCGGAUGUCCCAAAACCGAACAGACUCAAGACCAUUUUUUUCUGCAGCCAAGAUUCUUGGACUAUGGACGUGUGCCUAGAAGGCGCAGAAAGCUCUGAGAAGACUUCUGCAUAAACUGUGUGAACGGCAGAAAUGAUGAGAUUAAAAGAGUACUAAAAAAAAAUGGUGUCCUUGGUGUGGUCCUAGCCUACAUUUGAAGUACCGUUUUUCAUUAAAGUGCUGAACACAAGUCACACGGUAGCAGCCUUUGCAGUGGGUGUAAGGUGCCGCAUACAAUCUCUUUGAUUGACCAUGUAAUACUACUUCGUGAAUAACGUGCCCUGCUGCGGACAACAUUCUGCGCCACUGAAAAGGAAAUUGUAGGAGCGGAACUGUUGAACGUAUGCGUAACUGCAUCGGGUAUUCUGGCACUGUAUGACACCUUUUCACAGUUUGUUGGAAUCUAUACUGAAUCAGCGUAGCUUUCACGUGCAAAAGUUUCGCGUUUGCCCAAAUGCGGGGGAGGAAGGCAGAAAAAUAUCACCGUUAGCGCUGAGUAAUGUGUUUUGCUAUAUUUUGCUUUUUUUUAGAUGGGCUUCUUAUUUUUAUUCGCCCCAUCGUACACACUAAAGUAGACGAGAUCGUUGGAUGUUUUCCAGGAGCAGCCUCACUUGUUUGCCGCUUGUCUCAGUAACUUCCUCCUAACUUCCACAGAAAGCUGUCAUAUACUGUACAUAACAUAUAA